AUGUUCUCAACGUCGUCCUUCGCAUCACCUUACUCUUCCUUCUUCACAUCCGGUCUUUUGUCAUCUACCACUUCACGAUCCCCUUCACCUGACAUCUCCAUUAGUCCGAGAAGAGGCAGUCUUCCCACCAACGCCCCGCUCCGAAUGACCACAUCCGUUGCAGACGAAUCCGCAGCUUUUUACUUCACACUUCAACCCAAACGUGAUGUCAUCGAGUACCGCUCUUUUUUAUCUCUCGACUUGGCAGAGUCACAAUCCAUGCGAUCUGCAAGCCUAAAGCGCAAGGCCUCCUCCAAAGCAAAUUCUCGCUCAUCCAAGCCAUCCAAACCAUCUGUCUCUUAUCCCCGUAUUCCAGAGGAACCAAGGUUGCUUGCUCCUUCACAAAAUCCUCUGCGUCUCCGUUUAUCUCGAGACUCUUUGCGCUCCAUUCCAUCUCCCAAACCAGCUCCAUCCAUAACUCUCCCUGAUGUCCCUUCCCAGCCUAAACGGUCCCCAACUCCCAUGUCAUCUGCUCCACCUCGUCUUCCUUCAAUUCCUACUCUUCCUUCCUUGGAGGUCACUCUUCCACGAGGUUCUCCUAUCGCCAUAACACGCUCUAUCGCACCUACUGACUUUAUCACGCUUCCGCGACGUGUGUCCGUCAUGACAAGCUCUACCGUUUCUACUCGCGUCCGAAGGAUCAACCGUUCAGCCGCCCUUGCACGUCUCGAAGGCCGUUCCAAAUCCGCUGAUCUACCCCAAGUAAAGCCACUCUCUCCCCGAAACUUCAUGAGCAUGAGUGACGACGAAGACGAAGCUGACAGCGACUUUGACCUUCUGGAUUCUGAUGAUGAAAAAUCACAGCAACCAAACCCCAUUCUCGAGUUUGAGGACGUCAUCCUUCCUUCAGCUUCGCUUUCCCCUCCAAAGGCCGCCCGUAGCGGCUCUUCUACCCCAUCACAAUCAUCCUCUUCUCGUCGACGUAAACAUCACAAACGCUCCACCACCAAAGACUGGUUCCCACUCAAAAGCUUCAUUGACCUUCACAACGACGACGAUUCGUGGAGUUGGAGGAGCUUUAUCGAAGUCGCCCAUCUUUCAUAA